AUGCAAAGGCUAGGUGACAAUGCAAGGCACAGCCGUUUGAGCAGGGGCUCUUUCUGGUGCAUUUCGAUUCCAGAAUCUGAGGCUCAAACGGAGACUGCGACGAUUGAGGACUUGGCAAGGACAAGACAAGACAAGACGCACUCUUGCCAUCUUGGCAACCAAAGAGGCAGGCGAAAAGCACAUGACGAUCGGUCUAUUCCUCUGGGCCAUGGUCUUGAAAUUGAAGAAAAAGAUACGAUUUUGAAUUGGCCGAAAUGUCAGGGGAAAAAGAAGAGGGCAGACAAAAAAGAACGCCCAGAAUUCUCCGUCAAUAGCGAGACGUAA